AUGAUUGCGAGAUGCCUCUUAUCAAAAUUUCGUCCGACAUCACAACACUGUACUAAAGCAGUUUAUGCAAAACAAUUCGCUACCACAACUGCAUCACCGAAAUUUAAUUGGCAAGAUCCACUGAAUUUAGAAUCACAGCUCACAGAAGAGGAGAUCGCCAUUCGUGACGCAUUUCGAAGUUACUGYGAAACGAGCCUACUGCCGCGCAUCACUGCUGCCAAUCGCAAUGAAGUAUUCCAUAAGGAAAUUAUGGAGGAAAUCGGCAGUCUAGGAGCAUUAGGUUGUACAAUUAAUGGUUACGGCUGUGCCGGUGUGUCAAAUGUCGCCUACGGUUUGUUGGCCAGAGAAAUCGAGCGGGUAGAUUCGGCUUAUCGCUCUGCUUUGAGCGUGCAGAGUUCUCUGGCGAUGGGAGCAAUUUUCGAUUAUGGUUCUGCAAUCCAGAAAGAAACAUAUCUACCUCGAAUGGCGCAAGGCAAAUUGAUUGGAGCAUUUGGUCUAACCGAACCAAACCAUGGUAGUGAUCCAGCCGGCAUGGAAACACGGGCCAAAUAUGACAGCAAUAGCAAGGAAUACAUUCUGAAUGGCUCUAAAACUUGGAUUACCAACUCUCCGAUAGCGGAUGUCCUUAUCGUAUGGGCAAAGUGUGAAGAUGGAAAAGUGCGAGGAUUCAUAGUGGAUCGGGCACAAUCGGUCAAGGGCUUAUCCACACCAAAAAUAGAAGGAAAAUUUUCUCUACGCGCAUCUACCACCGGUAUGAUAUUAAUGGACGAUUUACAUGUCCCCGAAGCCAAUCUCUUACCAAAUGUUGAGGGCUUCAGAGGACCUUUCGGUUGCUUGAACAACGCACGCUAUGGMAUUGCGUGGGGUGCCAUGGGAGCGGCCGAAGCAUGCUUGCAAAUCGCCCGCCAAUAUACACUUGAUCGGAAACAAUUCAAACGACCAUUGGCAGCGAAUCAAUUGAUACAAAAGAAGUUUGCUGAUGCACAAACCGACAUAGCAUUAGGUUUACAAGCAUGCCUUCAAGUAGGACGGCUUAAGGAUCAGAAGCUACAUACGCCAGAAAUGAUUUCACUAAUCAAACGAAAUAACUCAGGGAAAGCAUUGGAUAUUGCCCGGAAUAUGCGUGAUGUUCUUGGUGGCAACGGCAUAUCUGAUGAAUAUCAUGUUAUACGGCAUUCCAUGAAUUUGGAAGCUGUGAACACGUAUGAAGGCACACACGACAUCCAUGCGCUCAUUCUUGGGCGUGCUAUUACAGGAAUACCAGCAUUCGCCAAUUAACUUAGCCUAGGACUAAUAUUUUAUAUUGCAUUUCUCUAUUUACAUUGUAUGACUKACUUAAAAAGAAAAUGAAAGAAAAAAUUACCAUAAAAUAAAAUUAUAAAUUAA